AUGGAUGCCAUAAACAAGAUUUAUUCAUCCGUUUCGCAAACGGUCUCCACCCUCUCGGCAGUGUUUCUGGGAAAUCCACUCACGAAAGAUUAUGAUAUCGCUGAACAUAUUGGUUCUGCGGGCACAGAAUUCGUUUGGAAAAUCUACACCGGUUGCAAACGUUCGACGAAGGAAACAGCCUCAAUAUUUGUGUUCGAUAAGAAACAGCUAGAACUGUUCACCAAAGAUGAGCGGGAAGAAAUCUGUGAAAACAUUCGCCGUGGUGUAGUGCAACUGACGAAAAUACGUCACCCGCAAGUAUUAACCGUGCAGCAUGCAAUGGAAGAAAGUCGCGAUACGAUCGCUUUCGCCACCGAACCCGUCGUGGCAAGCUUAGCUAACCUUCUCGGCAACACAACGAACGUGUCCAACACGGGCCUACUGUCGGAGUACAAGCUGUCGGAAUUUGAUACAAAAUUUGGCAUAUAUGAGCUUAUCAAGGGGAUUCAGUUUUUGCACGACGACGCACAGCUGGUACAUCGCCACAUCUGCACGGAAAAUAUCAUCGUAAACAAGCAGGGCAUAUGGAAACUGUUCGGGUUUGGGUUUUGUUGGAACAAACGUGUUCCUGGGACACCGGUAGCUAAUCACUAUUUUAAAAGCCGUCUUUUGGGGAAUCCGGGUUCUAAGUGGACUGCACCCGAAUUGAUACUGGAAAACAGCUGCAACGAUUCAACCGAUAUUUAUUCUUUAGGUAUAUUAAUUUAUACAAUUUAUUCGCGAGAAAACAUUCCAUCUCCGGAUGCAUCGUCAGAUCUGUACGGCUAUAAACAAUCGGUUACAAAGCUCAGUAACCAGGGUCCACCGAAGCUAACCGCAAUCCCCGAAUCGUUACGCUCGGAGGUGAAGAAAAUGCUAAGCGUUAAUCCUCAAGCUCGACCGACACUACAGUCGUUAAUUCAGAUUUCGUACUUUUGUGACAAUUAUGUGCAAUGUUUAGACAAUUUAGAAACGCUAUUUCCUAAGGAUAAUUUAGAAAAGUCCGAGUUUUACAAACGACUAGCCCACAUCAUUGGGGAUUUUCCGCACCGCGUAAGACUGUACCGCAUUCUGCCCCUGCUGGUGAAAGAGUUUGUCAACUGUUCGAUGAUUCCGUUCGUGCUGACGAACAUUCUAACCAUCAUGGCCAGUUGCACGCGGGCCGAAUACAUGCAGCACGUUAGCUCCCAUCUACGGCCGGUGAUGUUGCUCGACGAACCGGUUCAAAUAAUGCUUAUAUUCUUUCAAAAUCUUGACGUACUGCUCAAAGUGUGUCCCUCGGAGGAGAUACGGGCUAGCGUGUUGCCACUCGUCUACAAAGCGCUCGAAUCAAAAUCGCAACAGAUCCAGGAGCUUUGUCUCUCGAUUAUUCCAGCGGUGGUUGUGCAUUUGGAUAAGAGCACGGUUAAAAGUGGACUAGUGCCCCGGAUCAAAACGCUCUGCUCCGGAACGAAUUUGGUUUCGGUACGAGUAAAAUGUUUGCUGUGUCUUGGACAGCUGGCGGCUAAGAUUGAUAAGUGGGUGAUGAUAGAUGAUAUCGUGUCGUAUCUUCCGUCCGUAAACUGUCGGGAACCGGCCGUCAUUAUGGCCAUUGUUGGCGUCUACAAAGUAUCAUUCACAACCGAUGGUCUUGGUAUUCCUAAGGACGUGUUGGCCUGCAAAGUUCUACCACAUCUGUUCCCUAUGACCAUCGUAAAUGGUCUUUCGCUGCAGCAGUUUAACGCUAUCAUUGCUUUGAUAAAAGAAUUCACACGCAAAAUUGAGGAAGAACAGGGCGAUAAGUUGGGCAGCAGCAAAGCAUCCGUUUCGUCCAGUGCCAGUAGUUCUAGCUUGCAGGAAAAACAAUCGUCAUCACAACAGUCCGAUCUGCAGCAAUCGUUUGGUAGCCUAGGGUUUGGAGGUUCCGAUUUAUACGGUGAUUUUAUGCAAUCUCCAUUAUCGACUACGAACAAAGCACCACAACCUGUGCAGCAACAAACACAACAGAGGGCACUAACCUCACCUACGCAGCCUCAAAUCCCACAACUGAAGCCGUUACAACCACAAACCACUUUGAACUGGAACGUUCCACCAGUGGCAACGACCGCCAAGGAAAAUAGCAUCAAAUACAACCUGUUCACCCAGCAGCAAAACAGCUCCGUGAUGCAGCUUCGCAACAAAGACCCACCGUUAGCGCUUCCACCACCGGCCAUUGCGAUGCCAAUGCCGGUCGCACCGAUGGCUUCCAACAUGUGGAUGAACAGCAAUGGAUCGUUGGCUACGAAAAAGCCCGAACUAACUUCCCCAACCAAUAGUAACCCGUACGGACAGCUGCAACCACUAAUUCCCACCCCAUCGCAAAAGGGACAAUCAUCCAGCAAGUCGAGCUCGAGUCCCAUGCUGUCUAAGGAGGACAUUAUGGAAUUUUUACAAAAGUAA